AUGGCGACGACACGCUCCGCCCAGGACGUCAUCAAGGCGCUCAACCUGUCCCCCCACCCCGAAAAGGGCUACUUCAUCGAGACGUUCCGGGAUCCCGCAACCGCGCCGUCGUCGACAACAGACAGCACGCCGCGCUCGUCCAGCACCUGCAUCUACUACCUCCUGGAGGGCGAGUCGGGGCUAUCGCACUGGCACCGCGUCAAGGACGCCGUCGAGGUCUGGCACCACUACGCGGGCGCGCCGCUGCAGCUGUCGUUGUCGUGGGACGACGGCAAACCCGUCCGGGACGCCGUGCUGGGCAAGGAACUCUGGGCCGGCGAGAGGCCGCAGGUCGUCGUGGAACGGGGCGAGUGGCAGCACGCCCGCUCGCUCGGCGACUGGACCCUCGUCGGCUGCUCCGUCGCCCCCGCCUUCACCUUUGAGAGCUUCGAGAUGGCGCCGCCGGGCUGGGAACCCAAUCAGGGAGGGCAGGGUGCGGCUGCGUGA